UUACAGUUGCGUAUUCCAUAGUGUCCUCUGCUGUAUGCAGAGACCUGCUGUCAGACAUGUCUUUGUCCCGAAUAAGUCAAGACGAUUUGAAGAGCUACUCUGUAGUGGACACAAGCACAGAGAAAGUCUAUCAAUCCACCUAUGGACCCACACAUUCCCGUGUCUUAAUAAAACUUUUGUCUUUGUCUGGUCUUAAUGAUGGGGGUCGACAAGAGUUCUUCAACCAUAUCGAGUACAUCAACAAGAUAAAAUCAGAACAUGUGACGCAAAUAGUGGGAAUAUAUCGGACACCAAAUACAUUGGGUAUUGUAACAGAAUGGAUGCCAAAUGGAUCCCUUCACUCUCUUAUUUACCAGCGCGAUUUAUAUCCUGUGCUUCCAUUGAGUGUUUGUAUCAGGAUCCUGACAUCUGUCGCUGAGGGUUUGACCUUCUUACACAACCUUUACCCUACUAUAAUGCACCAACGCCUGAAGCCCUGCAAUAUACUUUUGGAUGCCCAGUAUCAUGCAAAGCUUUCAGAUGUCCAAUUACCAAACUUACCAAAGCUUACAGUUUCUUCGGACCUUGAUGAUAAUGCACACAGAGUCUAUAUGUCACCUCAGAGACUACAGGGACAUGAGCCAACCACAGCAGAUGACAUUUACAGCUUAGGGAUCAUGAUUCAAGAACUUCUGAGCAGGAAAUGUCCACUCCAGGAUAUAAACUCUUUAAAAUGGGAUACAUUAGUACUGAGAGGUCACAGGCCACAGCCAAGCAUCAACGACCUUUUAAAAAACAGCAAUCUCUCGCAGAGCCAACGCCAGCACCUAAGUCAGUUCAUCAACCUGUGCUGGCAUGACAACCCCGCCAUGAGACCAACAGCCACUGAAUGUCUGUCCAAUCUGCGUCACAUUCUGCAGACUUUUUCUGUUGAGGAGAGUAAGCGUGAAAUGGAUAAUUUUGUUAAUAAAAAGGAGAUGGCAAUGCAGGACUCCCAGUCCCAGACACGCACAGUGGAAUUUCACAUCAGAUACCUAGACGAUAGCUGGUUAACAAGCAAUAGGAAUAGAACUCAGAGUGCACCUGAGGAGGCCCUUGAAGUAUCAUCAUUUUGUUCUGGCAAAAAAGAAAAACGCAGUGCCAGCCUUCCAGUUACAAGUGCUAGUAAUGGUUGUCAUAUGCCUACAAUGGGACCUCAUCCAACAACAGCAUGGAACUAUGGGGUCAGUUGGACACAUGUGGAGCCAGCAGAUCAUUCCACCCGUCCUCAACUUUUCCAGUGUAGAAAUUGUGUUGAAACCCUGAGGAAAAGCCGAGAGGUUUUGUUAAGCCGCAUCACAGAAGGGCAUCUUAACCAACUUAUGGACACCAUGAGGUCCAAACUUGUGCUAUCCAAAGAUGAUGCAGAAAAUAUUAAUGCAGAACAAACUCUGAAAGCCAAAAUAAGGAAAUGCAUUGAAACCUGCUGCGAAAAGGGAGCAGAGGCCUCUCGGAUGGCUUUGGACAGUUUCCUCCCCCGAAAAAUCAUUCAUGUGCAUCCUACAAAGCCAGUCCGGCAAUAG